GUGAAUGUUUGCUCGCAAUUAUUGAAUACCACUUGCAUUCUUGCAACUACCAUUGCAUUUAUUCUCAAAGUUCUUCUGUUUACUUCAACACUCUUUCAAUCUAAACCAAUUUCUUAUUUACUUAUAUUUUCAACUCUUUGUUUUCACAAAAAAUGGCCGACGCUUUACUCGGAGUUGUGUUUCAGAAUUUGACGUCUCUCCUACAAAGUGAAUUUUCAACCAUUUCUAGAAUCAAGUCAAAGGCUGAAAAACUAUCAACCACCUUAGAUUUGAUCAAUGCUGUUCUUGAAGAUGCUGAAAAGAAACAAGUCACAGACCACUCUAUUAAGGUAUGGCUACAACAACUCAAAGAUGCUGUUUAUGUGCUCGAUGAUAUCCUUGAUGAGUGUUCAAUCAAGUCUGGUCAACUUAGAGGAUUAACCUCUUUCAAACCAAAGAACAUCAUGUUUCGCCAUGAGAUCGGCAACAGGUUGAAAGAGAUUACAAGGAAAUUGGAUGAUAUUGCUGAUAGUAAGAACAAGUUUUUUCUACGGGAGGGUACUAUUGUUAAGGAAAGCUCAAAUGAAGUAGCUGAAUGGCGUCAAACCAGCUCCAUUAUUGCUGAACCAAAAGUGUUUGGACGAGAAGAUGAUAAAGAAAAGAUUGUUGAGUUUCUUCUCACCCAAACGAGGGACUCAGACUUCCUUUCCGUCUAUCCCAUUUUUGGUUUAGGUGGUGUUGGAAAAACAACUCUUCUUCAAUUGGUCUACAAUGAUGUUAGGGUGAGUGGCAAUUUUGAUAAAAAAAUUUGGGUUUGCGUUUCUGAAACUUUCUCAGUCAAGAGAAUUUUGUGUUCUAUUGUAGAAUCUAUCACAAGAGAGAAGUCUGCUGACUUUGAUUUAGAUGUAUUGGAAAGAAGGGUGCAAGAAUUGUUGCAAGGUAAAAUAUAUUUGCUGGUUUUGGAUGAUGUGUGGAAUCAAAAUCAACAAUUGGAAUAUGGGUUAACACAAGAUAAAUGGAAUCAUUUGAAGUCUGUGUUGUCGUGUGGAUCAAAAGGUAGUUCCAUUUUAGUGUCCACUCGUGAUAAAUUUGUUGCAACAAUCAUGGGAACAUGCCAAGCUCACUCUUUGUAUGGUCUCUCUGAUAGUGAAUGUUGGUUGUUGUUCAAAGAAUAUGCAUUUGGAUAUUUCAGAGAAGAGCAUACAAAGCUUGUGGAAAUAGGAAAGGAGAUUGUAAAGAAAUGUAAUGGAUUGCCUCUUGCAGCAAAAACAUUGGGAGGUUUGAUGAGCUCAAGGAAUGAAGAAAAGGAAUGGCUUGAUAUUAAAGACAGUGAGCUUUGGGCUUUACCACAAGAAAAUUCUAUUUUGCUUGCUUUGAGGUUGAGUUACUUUUAUUUAACACCAACCCUAAAACAAUGUUUCUCCUUUUGCGCUAUAUUUCCCAAGGAUGGAGAAAUCCUGAAAGAAGAAUUGAUUCAACUUUGGAUGGCUAAUGGAUUUAUUUCAUCUAAGGGUAAUUUGGACGUUGAAGAUGUUGGAAAUAUGGUUUGGAAGGAAUUGUACCAAAAGUCAUUCUUUCAAGAUAUCAAGAUGGAUGAAUACUCUGGAGACAUUUUUUUCAAGAUGCAUGAUCUUGUCCAUGAUCUCGCUCAAUCAGUAAUGGGGCAAGAAUGUGUGUAUUUGGAGAAUGCAAACAUGACUAGUUUGACAAAAAGCACACACCACAUAAGUUUUAACUCCGAUAAUUUGUUAUCAUUCGAUGAGGGUGCCUUUAAAAAAGUUGAAUCCUUGCGAACAUUGUUGUUUAACUUGAAGAAUCCUAAUUUUUUUGCAAAAAAAUAUGAUCACUUCCCAUUAAACCGCUCUCUUCGGGUUUUAUGCAUAUCCCAUGUAUUAUCACUAGAAAGUUUAAUUCAUUUAAGGUAUUUGGAACUUCGUUCUCUUGACAUAAAAAUGUUGCCGGACUCAAUUUACAACUUACAAAAACUGGAAAUAUUGAAAAUAAAAGACUGCGGUGAACUGAGUUGUCUCCCGAAACACUUGGCUUGCUUACAAAAUCUUAGACAUAUAGUCAUUAAAGGAUGUCGAUCUUUGUCUCUCAUGUUUCCUAACAUUGGCAAAUUAUCUUGUCUAAGAACAUUAAGCAUGUACAUUGUUAGUUUAGAGAAAGGGAAUAGCUUGACAGAGUUAUGUGAUCUAAACCUUGGUGGAAAGCUGAGUAUCAAAGGCUUAAAAGAUGUGGGCAGUUUAUCUGAAGCUGAAGCGGCUAAUUUGAUGGGUAAAACAGACAUUCAUGAAUUAUGUUUGUCAUGGGAAAGCAAUGAUGGAUUUACUGAGCCCCCAACUAUUCAUGAUGAGCAAGUACUCGAAGAGCUUCAACCUCACUCAAAUCUCAAGUGCUUGGACAUAAAUUACUAUGAAGGAUUAUCGUUACCAAGUUGGAUAAGCCUUCUUAGUAGUUUAAUUUCUCUUGAACUUCGGAAUUGCAACAAAAUUGUGCGGCUUCCGUUACUUUGUAAACUACCAUAUCUAAAAAAGUUGGUAUUAUUCAAAAUGGAUAAUCUGAAAUACUUAGAUGAUGAUGAAUCUGAGGAUGGUAUGGAGGUGAGGGUUUUCCCAUCUCUGGAGAUACUUCUAUUACAACGCCUACGAAACAUAGAGGGGUUAUUGAAAGUGGAAAGAGGGAAGAUAUUUCCUUGUCUUUCUAAUUUGAAAAUCUCAUAUUGCCCUGAACUUGGACUGCCAUGUCUUCCAUCUCUGAAACUGCUCCAUGUAUUGGGAUGUAACAAUGAGUUACUGAGGUCAAUCUCUACCUUCCGUGGUCUUACAAAGCUUUGGCUACAUGACGGUUUCAGAAUAACAUCCUUCCCAGAGGAGAUGUUCAAAAACCUUACUUCUCUUCAAUCUCUGGUUGUAAAUUGUUUCCCACAAUUGGAGUCCUUACCAGAGCAAAAUUGGGAAGGUCUUCAAUCCCUUCGAACUCUACGGAUUAUAUAUUGUAAAGGAUUGAGAUGCUUGCCGGAGGGUAUUGGACACCUCACUUCUCUUGAGCUUCUGUCAAUUAAAAAUUGCCCAACAUUAGAGGAACGAUGCAAAGUGGGAACAUGUGAGGAUUGGGACAAGAUAUCUCAUAUUCCAAAUAUACAGAAGAGAUCCAGGGGAUUAACGGUAACAAACGUACCUAAUGAUGAAGAGAACGUCUUUUGGAGUGGAGGAGAUGACAAUAAGUCCGGUGGUGGUAUCGAGGAUUGCGAUUUUGAUAGUCAGGGCGUCGGAGCUCUGUGCCCAUUAGCAACUCUAAUCAUCAAGAACAAAGAUCACGGCAAAGGAUGCAAUUACUUUGUUGGAUCAUUUAGGUUGGAAAAAGGCUCAUGUUUUUGGGCAUUCAAUGGGAUCUAUGAUAGAGUAAUGGUUCCUGAUAGAGUUCUCUACUUGGCUUUGCUAAAUGCAAAGGGUGGAGGUUUUCAAUGUUUUCCAAAGGAAUCAAUUGCUUUCUCACAAGCCACCUAUAUUAUGAUUCUCGUUUUGUUGGUAAAAUAUCGUGAGAAUUGGGUCCAUGUAUUUGCCAUUGUUGCUUACCAAAGGAUGCAAUGUGAUGCCGAGCUUGUUAAUGUUAGCAAUAACAACUCUUUGUUCAAGCUACAAGCUAGGUGUGAAUACAUCUAUUCUUUGGAUAGGUGCCAUUGUAUUUCAUAA